AUGGCCGACGUGGGGGAUCGCAUGUUCUGCCAUGCUUGUGGCGGCGUCUGGCUGCGCGAAGCCCACGGCAUGAUCUGUCCGCACUGCGAGUCAGACUUUACGGAAAUUAUCGAAAUCCCGCCAGAUCCCGACGCCGAACCCCCGCCCUCAUUCCACCGCCCCCCCUCGCCCCCCGCCGCGGACAACGCCCGCUCCCCGAACCCAUGGGCAGACCAUAAUCCCUGGGCACACCAGGAGGAAGAUGAUGAUAUCGAUCAUGGUUGGGGACCGGGACAUGGAAAUGGAUUCACCCAUCGCACAUAUCGGUCCCCGGACGGCCGCUUCACCUUUUCCACCACAACCUAUACCCACGGUCUCCGAGGGGGGUCACCCCCAACCCAACAGCGACAAGCGAACCCCGACCCACUGAUGCCGAUGGUGCAGGGUCUAGACAGCAUCUUCCAUGGUCUCGCAAGCACCUACAGACAGCAAAACCGCCCAGGCGGCCAAGCUCAGGCUCCAGGCUCGGAUCGCGACCGCGGGAGGACACUGGGAUCUUUUGCGUUCGACAUCGAGGCGGAGGGCCGGACCGGCACGCAGGCCGGCGGUCUGCACCCGCGAGAUGCGGAUGGUGCUGCUGAUGACGUUACUGCACGUUGCAGGGCUAACGAAUAUCAGUAUUUUGGAGCUGUUCCGCUCGGAUUUCGGUACAAAUACACAGGCAGGCGGCACUGGCGGCGUGCGGUAUACUCGCAAGAGGAGCUGGACCGCGUGAUCUCUCAGCUGAUGGAACAGAACGCCAAUCGGGGAGCGCCACCACCAGCCCCGCCCAGUGCGAUCCAAUCGCUGCCGAAGAAGAAGGUCGAUGAGGAGAUGCUGGGGAGCGAAGGGCGAGCGGAAUGCUCGAUUUGCAUGGACGCGGUGGAACUAGGGACAGAGGUCACGGUGCUACCUUGCAGCCACUGGUUUCACUACAGCUGCAUCGAGCUGUGGCUGAACCAGCACAACACGUGUCCGCACUGUCGGCGAAGCAUUGAUGCGCCCCAAUCCGAAAGCGCCAACAGUCCUCCCGGAAACCGGCCAGCAGCAGAGGGCACAAGCGGCAACCCAGUAGUUAUUCCCGACAGUCCGGAGCGCGAACGGAGCCAGCCAUCAGCAGCGCGAGACGCUGCAUCACCAUCGGGCUGGAGCUCACAGCUCAGAGGCCCCAGAGCAACAACAACAACGCCGGAGUAG